GUACAGUGUUCUCGGAUCAAGUUCUCUCUGGUGUCGGUGGAAGAAAUAACAGCAGCUGUGGUCGUUUCAGUUCACAGCAACCUGCCUUCUUUUGGGGGGAUUUAUUCAAGUUUCAAGGCAUUUUGCUGUUUAGAGCGAACUAACAAGAAGACUAUGUGAGGGGAGAGGCGUCGACAGCAGGAAGAAGAGGAGAAGCUGAGGAGGGAGAGCGUGGAGGAGGGGAGGAAGACAGCCCACAAACAGGUCUGGAUCUAUCUCACCUACAGGUCGGACAGGGGAACAAACCAGAAGUCAAAAGACGCCAGAGGACGAGACAGAGGAGACAGCUGUCGCCAGAAAAGAGGUCUUUAAAGAAGGCUGGAGAAGACAAGGACGUACAAGUGAAUAAAGAAACCGUGGACCAUCGUCACAAAUGGCACAAAGGACGUUUCAUGAAAGUGGGCAAGAUGGCCGAUCAGUUCUGGGAAUGUUGGCGGUGCAGGUAGAGCGAGACCCCAAGACUGGCGCCACCGUCGUCAGGUCAGUGUCCCCCGUGUCUGCACCGGCUGGCGUCCCAAAGGCCACCACCGUCUUUGAUGACGGCAGGAAGAGCAUCCACGCCGUCGGCGGGUCAGUAGGUCAACCCUCGCCCGAAGAGCUCGGCCAGAUCUUGAACGUCAUCGAUGGGGUCGGGAUGAAAGUGCUGCUGGACGAGGUCACGGUCGUGCCGAACCCGGACGAGACGAAGACGGACACUGUAGACGUCAACAGUGAUCUGGAUGAAAAAGUCCCGUCUGUCGCUGACGUGUCAGAGGAGGACAACGAGCAGUCGGACAGCUCCACAAGCGACCACGAGGAAGCCGAGCUGAGAAUAGAGAAGUGUGCCGUGGCUGUGGGGAACGCAGAUGAUGAAACCUUGAUGGUGGUUCAAGUGGAUGCGGAGGAAGUAGACAACAUAGAAGAUCAAAAGUUGGAGGACGGUCCGGUCACACUUAUGUUCCUGGGAUACGCCGACGCUACAAGCGGCCAAGAGGACCACGAAGGCGAGAUCACCGUGGAACGAGUGCUCAUCACGGAGGACGGAGAGGAGCACGUCUUAGAACCCGAACCGCCUGCUCCACUUCAGUCACCGUUAAACCAGGUAGAAGAGCAGGACGCCCGGAAAGAAGCAUUUCAAGACAUUCCCCUGGAUGAAAACGGAGCUGGAGUUAAAGUCCAGGCAGAGGAAGGUGACACAACGCUGCACAUCUCACCUUCACCUAGUAAAGCAGAGGGAGUCAACACGCCCAAACGCAAGACCUGUCAGUGUUGUUCUGUCAUGUAAGAAAUGAUUAAAGACAGGCAACAUUUGUUAUAUUUGUACACCGCAGUGCCUUUCAUUAGUUGCUAUAUUGCUGAACACAUCAGAGCAUAUCACUGCCACCUGCUGAGGUCUUACAAUGGGGGAUGAGCACCCACCAGCUACCACAGAAAGACACGUUUCUGUAGGUCUUUCACAGCGGCUGGAACCGACUCCAGCUCUGACAAGACUAUGAAAAUCCACUACCUCCCCCUAGUGGACAAGGAUGAGGAUUUCACCCUCCUGCAGGUUGCAUCUCAAACGACUCCUCUGUCUCUCUGCCUGGAGACUACAAGCUGAGCAGUGGGAACGCUAAAAGGCAAAUAGCAAAAAAACAAAACAUGUCAGCUUUGAUAUUUAACUCUUACCUAAUACUACUGAAGACUGCACUUACUACCGAACACACCAAAGAUGUUUCAGAGAAUGUCUACUGAGGAGGAGUCAGUAUUCAAUUGAACUUAAUUUUUUUUACGUUGAGAUUCUUAACCCUGGCUCAGAUAUGUUAUACUAUCAAAGUUCUUUAACUAAUAGAUUAAUACCCUCAUUUGUGUUCCUGUAUUUGUUUUCUUGCUGAUGACAACAAAGAUAUCAGGCUGGCCGAUGCAGCUUAAAGAAUUAUCACACAUUAAAGGUUUUAUUUCUGUCGAUGUUGACAGGUAUUGAUCAUUUUUAUUGGCUUGUUUUUAAUAAAGGUGAGAAAAAAAAAGAUAUUUCGUUGAGCAAUAAAGUGAAACAAUGGAACAUAAAACUGAAGUGACUUAUUGCUAUUGAUAAAGUGUCUAUCCCUGGUACACCUUAUCGUUUCAUGGCUCAGGUCUACGUCGACACCACUCAAACAUGUGAGCAGUUUCCAUGAAGCUACAGCCAGCAGCUGGCCAGGUUGGGCUUUGCUUGCUACAUAAACCUCUUGUGACACCGCAGCAUAAAAUUUUCAUCCCUCUGGUUUUUGUACUGAUUAAAUAAACAAGAUGCUGCACGUA